GCGCGCGAUCACGCGAUUGGUCGAGAGGCGCGCCGACGUCCGGUGCCGGCGGGGAUCAGUGCGGUCGUUACCGGGUGCUACGGUCGCCGGUCGGGGCGUAUUUAAAACGGAGGCGCGGCCGUAACACGAACAUUACCAAUUGUGACUCGUGCACGUUAACACGUACUCGCGUCUCGUAUAGUUUCAUUUGAUUCGUCAACCUACUCCUACUCGAUCAUGCCGCCCAAGACCAGCGGUAAGGCCGCCAAGAAGUCAGGAAAGGCUCAAAAGAACAUCUCCAAGACCGACAAGAAAAAGAAGAAGCACAAGAGGAAGGAGAGCUACGCCAUCUAUAUCUACAAAGUGCUGAAGCAGGUCCACCCCGACACGGGCAUAUCCAGUAAGGCCAUGUCGAUCAUGAAUUCGUUCGUGAACGACAUAUUCGAGCGCAUCGCCGCCGAAGCCAGCCGUCUCGCCCACUACAACAAGAGGUCCACUAUCACCUCCAGGGAGGUGCAGACUUCCGUGAGGCUGCUGUUGCCCGGGGAGCUCGCCAAGCACGCCGUCAGUGAGGGCACCAAGGCCGUCACCAAGUACACCAGCUCGAAGUGAGGUGCUCGUGCUGCUGCUCAUUCGUCAAACCGACCAAACAAAACAAAAGGCCCUUUUCAGGGCCGCAAAACUGUUCGCAUUUAAAGUUUCUAUGUCGGAGGUGUUCACCGUCUCUUAUAAUAUAUUCAAUAUAUUAAUAAUACACAUCAUAAAAUUACUUAGUGAUUAUUUAUACUACUGCUGUAAGAUGAAAGAUGCAUUGCCGCCGUCCGCUUUGAUUCCGCAUUUAGCGUGUGCA